UCUUCUCCUUGCCCCAUCAUCAUCGUCGCUUAUGCGUUUAGUCUUCUAAAUAAUACAAUUUAUCUUCUUUUCCAUUUCAUUUCUCCGAGAGAACUUUUGCAUUUAAAAAAAAAAAGAAAAUCGAGAAGGAGACUGAGGAUCGUGCAGAGGAAAAGACACCCCCCACCAAGUUUUCAUUUUCGAGGAGAGAUACGUUUCAGUUUUGAUCUUGAUUCGUUCCGGGAUGGGCAGAUCGGGAGAUUGACCCACUUUAGGUUAAGCAAGAUUGGAUUUUUAAUCUGGCAUCUGAUUCGAUUUGGUUAGGAAGCUCUAUACUUUUGGAGCUAAAGCAAACCCUGAAGGAAGGCUGCUCCUGUGAUGUUCUUAAUGGUAUCCUCAAAGUCCUUGUAAUUUUUGAUCGAGUGCGCUUGUGUUCUAUAGUCAGAGAGUUAUGAAUCCAAUGCAAGGCCCACGGAAUAGUGAUGUGAAUCAAGGAGAUAAUGAACCGGUUUAUAACACAGAGAUGAAUCCAUUAGUAGACAAUGAGUUCUCAAACAGCGGUACGCCUUCAGGACGACCAACCUACGCAAGCUCGACUUCUCAAAAUCAUAACUGGUGGAGAUUUGGGGAGUCCAGCUCAGCGUCGGGAAUGGAGACGAAUCACCAGCUGCCCCAAGAUGGAUAUGCUGGGGGUUACAUGAGAGAUGGGCCUUCUUUCUUGCGCGGUUCAGGCGCUAACGCUAUGCCACAGCAUGUGAAUAUGAGCAUGGACAUGGACAGCGAUGGUUACGGUGCACAGACUUCCGGGGUCGUUUUCCGUCAUAGUAACUAUGGGAGUUCAUUAGGAAGCUCAGUUCAGGCCGCUGGAGAGAGCAGUAGUGGUCCUGCCUCUUCUUUGGGUCUUUGGGGUUCGUCCUGCAAAAGAAAGGCUCUCGAAGGAGUUCCCAGCAGCUCUUUCUCUGGUGAAACUCCUGACUUCGUUUCUCAGAACGAGAAUGCAGGUCAUCCUCGUUCUGGUGCUUCAACACCCUCACAAACUUCUCCGAAUGUUACUAGUAAUCAUUUUGGCCGGACAGAACCCAUGUUUGGAGGAGCUAGAUCGGUGGCUUCAACUAAUGCUUUUCAUUCCGUAAGAAACACUGACAUUUCGUCAAGACCUGGCAGAAGGUUAAAUCCGAGGCAGCCUCAGGAGUCUGUAGCAUUCAGCAUUUCACUUGGUGGAACUUCUGUGCGUCCCACUGGCUCUUUGCAACAGAAUAUACUAUUAAACGCUCCUUCCUCUGUAGAUCCUCUAGAUGUGAGGUCAACAGCAUUCGCUAGUGGCUCAAGCAGUGGUGAGCAUCCGACAAAUAUAGUCCAUCACCCUGCUUUGACGAGGAACAUACACCAGUUUUCUUGGGAUAGAGGAAGCGGUUCUUCGGGUGUUGAAAUGCCACAGUGGGAAACACCAAGAAGCAAUCCGGAGCAGCCCACCAUGUUUGCACCUCCAACUGACAUUAGAAACCCUGUGCAUGAUCAAUCCAUGUGGAGUUUCACACGUGGGAGUCCUGUAGAUUCUCCGUUCGCUUCUCGAGGAGGGCCGAGUUCAGCUAUUCAUGGGCAGCAGCAGCCAUCAAAUCCCGCAUGGAUUCCUCCUCAGAGUGGCCCAAUACAUAAUCCAACGAGGGCAUCAGAACUAUCCCCUUGGUCUUUAUUUCCUAGUAUUGAAUCUCAAUCUGCUAGUCAUGGUCCCUUAUUGCCCACAGGUCCUUCUCUUUCCUCAAAUGAGGCUGCAAUGCCAUCUAGCUCUAAUAGCCGGAGCCAUCGCUCACGGCAAAGAAGGUCAGGGUUGUUAUCUGAGAGACAGAAUGAGCUUCUCCACUUGCGUCACUUAGGGAGGAGCUUAGCUGCUGACAGUGAUGGAAGGAAUCACCUUAUCUCUGAGAUACGUCAGGUGUUGUCCGCCAUGAGAAGAGGGGAAAGUUUACGUAUUGAGGAUUACAUGGUGUUGGAUCCACUUAUCUUCCAGGGUAUGACUGAAAUGCACGAUAGGCAUCGGGAAAUGCGCCUUGAUGUCGACAACAUGUCGUACGAGGAGCUAUUGGCACUUGGGGAACGCAUAGGAGAUGUGAGCACUGGACUUAGCGAAGAUGUCAUUCUGAAAACUAUGAAACAGCACAAAUGUACAUCUUCUUCUCCUGAGUUGCAUCAGUACAUGGAGCCUUGCUGUAUUUGUCAGGAAGAAUAUGCAGAAGGUGAUGAUCUUGGGACCUUGGAAUGUGGCCAUGAGUUCCACAAGGACUGUAUCAAGCAAUGGGUCAUGCUCAAGAAUCUCUGCCCCAUAUGUAAGACCGUGGCAUUAACAACGUGAUGGUACUCUCAUCUUAAUUGCGCAUCCCGGCUCCAUUCAUCAUCCUUUCGAUGCCAAAAGAAAAGAAAAAAAAAAUAUUUUAAAGAACUGUUCUAUCUAUCCCUAUUCUCAUAUCAAAUAUUUAAUUGUUAUGCUUGCUCGUUAUGUCACACUGUUAAGAGAACAUUAUGACAAACAAAUUCAUAACAUAUCCAUGGAGAAAGAAUAAUUCAUUAGAAUCCUUUGUAAUUGUUGAUAGUUGAUUGUUCAUUUCUUAAUAACA